AUGGCACGAGCGGGCAUGCUGCACAGGGGCGGAAAAAAUGGAGCCGACGGGUGUGAUGACGUGCAGCGUUCGCUGGAGCUGUUGGACCAGGUGCUGAGCGAAUACGACGAGGGCGAGCCGAGGUCGCUGGAGGCGCGUGCGCAGGUCACACCGGCCACGCCCGCCACUCCCGCAACGCCAGCCACCGACGACGACUCCCCGCUCGCGGGACACACCUCCGAGGACGAUGGAUACAUGAGCAUGAACGGAAGGAGAGCGAAGUUCGCGCUGGGUUUCCGUCCGACGGAGGAGCGCGAGGAGCCUUCGCCCCCGGAUCCGCCGUCACCACGCUCCCCACCGCCUCCUGAAGAGGCCCAGCGCAUUAUCUCCACGUUACUACCCAAAGUGUCACCGGCGAACUCAGCAAAGCGAACGAUAUCAGUGGAACAGCGCGAAGCAGAGGAGAGACUGGACUCCAUCAUCAGCGUCAAUGGGAUAACCACAGCUACACAAACCACAUUUCCGAAAACCAGACAUCAAAGACCUUACGGAUGGGAAAAAGACACGGAAGCUAACGGGUUCCAGCUCCAGCAGCCUCCAGUUCCUCCGUACAGGUUCGCAUCGCUGCAGCACGGGGCGCGCCCGCCACAGCCUGACGCCGCGCUAGCCUGGCUCCCGCCGCGACACAACGCACCGCAAACCAACCUAAAGAAGUCGCCGAGUGUCGAGAAUCCGCCUGUAUUCCCCUUCAUGGGUUUCUCCAGUGAAUUCAACGACAAACCAUACAAUGAACAUCCAGUCACAAUAUACCCAGGUCCAAACAUACAAUUUAAAAAAGAAUCUCAUUCACCGACAUACAAUAUACCAAAAAUUUCACCUUCCAACACAAAAAGUUCAGAAAGAAAGAACAGCAUGAAACGCGACAGUAGGUCGGACGGUGAAAUGUUAUCACCCAAAGGGAAAAUACCUCCCCGAACUCUCGCCGGUUCUAUGGAGCGACAUAGAGAAGUGUGUAGAGGAUCUACGGAGGACAUGGUUGUGAGCUGUAAGAGGAGAAGUUCAAGUAAGAGUAACGACGAAGAGCAUUUUUCGGACGAUUCAUUAGAAGAGUCGUUCCCACCGCCGCCGCCCGCUGCUGUUACUACGCCUUCGAAACGCAAUUCCAUAGCAUGGGAAGUGUCACUCGAUGGUGAUGACCCUCUACUUACUCCAGGAAGCACAAAGGUAAUAGGUCGACGAAGGAGAAAAUCAGGUGAUCAGUCCCAUUCUAGCACAAGCUCAAUACCACAAAGAGUAGAUGAUGACUGGGGAGAAGAGUAUUGGCCCCCACCACCUCCACUGACACAAUGUGAAUCUCUUAUUUCGCCUAAUUCAGAUGCCGAGCAGGAAAAUCGGCGUGCACAAGACCUAGCUUGUGGUACAUAUGUUAUAAGAAAAGGCAAAAAUCGUAAGCAACUACCAAGUUUCAAUAAGAGCACGACUAGUAAGUCACCCACCAAUCUACUCAAUAGUCACAGUUUGAAUAGAAGUUUAGAUGCUGACAAGUCUAUUGACGGGUCGAGCAUAUCAAUCAGUGGCUCUGGAUCAGUAGGCUCAUACAACUCUCGACCGAGUUCAGAUUUAAGUUUGCCGCAAUCUCGUUAUAGUGUUGACUUGAACUCCAGACUGAGCCGUGAGCUUAACACUCCAAACUCUAGAUAUAGUAUAGAUCUCUGCACACCGAAUUCUAGACUGAGUAAAGAAAUAACAUCGCCAAAAUCUCGUCUUAGUUUAGAUCUUAACAACGGCCCAGAUAGAUAUAUCACUCAGGAGUAUUUCGGUCACAGUCCGAAAAGUAGAAAAAAUCACAGUGAGAAAGGUACAUCUAAAAUUCAGAGCAAGCUAUCGCCACAGAAUAGAUUUUCAGACUUUAAGAAGUAUUCAUCGACUUUCGAUAAUAUUCAGUCACUUAUAAGAGAAGGAAAGGUAGAGGAGACACCUCCGACGGAAUGUAACGAAACCGUCAAUGAACUGACCACGGUGCCUCCAAACAUGGUGCGAGUGGUGUCUCUGCCGAGUCUGGGUGCAGAGGGAGAGGGUAACAGCUCCAGCCGCCAGGCGCUCAUCACCACAGUGGAGGAGGAGGAGGACGCCGACAGUGCCGAGCCUGGCUCCAGCGGCGACACCUCUCCUCUGCGCAAAAUCGAAAACAAUAUUAGCGCUAUAUUAAGUCAAGGUCGGGACCAAAAACAUUUUACCCCAUAUAUACCUAAAGACUGGAAUAUCCAUAAGGAUGAAUACUGUGAUGACGUAUCUAAAGAUAUAUUAGAAAACAAUUUCCGUUAUAGUUCUAGAGAGAGACAAAAGAGACAUGAUAUUCAGAAGUCGUCGAGUCACAAUGAAAUACAGAAUCAACGGUCAAUAGAUCGACGUGACCGUUCCAAGAGGUCAAAUAGUAUGCAUAAAUCCACAAGCGCCAAAGAUGUACCAGUUAGUUUGAUGCGGCAACCGUCAUCAUCUGACUCCGCUGUGUCGAGUGGAGGAGACUUCCCGCUGAAUGUUCAAAUAGUUGAGCACUCCUAUAGACAUCCUCCGCUGCCGCUUCCUCCAUCACCAAUAUUAGGGCAUGAAAUGGGACCCCUACCGCAAACCCCAGAAUCGCCUAAGUUUCCUCCGUUGCCUCCCUCACCUGUGCAAGAAGUUGAAGAUGAAUAUACAGAAAUUAUGCAACCUUCAGAGAAGCGUCAUGUGAAAAAAGCAGAUACGUUACCGACGCCAACGAUGGAAUCAAGGAGAAGGCCUUCCGAACCCCCAGCGGUACCGCCGCAUCGAGAUACCACAAACAGCCUUAAGACGCGGUCUAUGGAAACCAGUUACAACAAAAACAGAAGAAGCAGCAGUAACUUCAAGACUGGAUCAACAGACAGAAGAACUUUACCUACUGAUAUCGGAGCGAGCGGCGCUAGACGUAGGACGCUACAGAGACAAAAUCGCGAAGCUACCGCAACUGGCCGGGGUCCUUUGCAGACAUCUGCCAGUCUGCCUGAGACACCAGUAUUUGCUCGAGGAUGCGACGUUCCUCGCACCCCACCGAGAAACUCUACGGGACCCCCCAGGAACAAUACAAUGAACUCCAUACAGUCAAUAGGAAGCUCAGCGACAUUGGGUGGAUAUGGUCGGGGUUCCGUGAUGGGUGCUACGGGAGUCUGCACUGGAGCCGACCUGCUGCGGCUGGGUGGACCACCACGGGGCUGGUAUCCUCGCCAGAGACACAGGCCUGCUUCAACGGAGCACCUGGACCGACUAACAACCUCGUCAAAGAUGGCGGUGGAGCACCCAGUGGCAUGGGAGGGCAGUGGUGCCCGCAAACCUCUCACACUGCCACCCAACCUGACGCCAAAGUUCUUCCAGAAGUCACCCAGGGAGGCGCUUCGCAGGGUAACCAGCUUACUAAUACGAAAAGGGAACAACGGGAAGGAGAAAGAGAAUUCUCGAAACAAGGAAGCCACGUCACCGGCAGCCCGCUCCGCAAACGGCGAGGAGCACCCAGGACAGAAACAACGCAAAGGGUUCUUCAGAAGUCUCUGGAAAAAAUCUCGCCACUAUUCUCUAGAGCACCCUUGA